AUGCAGGAACGAUUGGCUAAAGCUCAUGGUACUCAGUGUGGUUUCUGCACGCCUGGAUUCGUCAUGUCCAUGUAUGCUCUUCUGAGAAAUGAUCCUACACCAAGCUGGAAAACCUUGAUCAGAAACUUUCAAGGGAACCUGUGCAGAUGCACUGGUUAUAGACCUAUUAUGGAUGGAUUCAAGACCUUCACUGAAGACUUCCAGACGUGCAUGAGAGGACAGUGUCCCGGCGGGAGCGGCUGCUGCAAGGGUGACUGUGGCGCUAGUAUACCUGCUAGCUCUAAUCACACUCCUGUAGCGCCAUCUGCGCUGUCCGAUGCUGACCUUUCACCUUUUGACCCCACCCAGGAACCCACCUUCCCAGCAGAGCUGCAGAUCAAGUGUGAGACACUAAACGGAUCACGGAAGUUCACCGGUCGCCGGUUAACUUGGUUCAGACCAGCCAACCUUGCCGAGGCCAUGAAGCUUAAAGCUGAACACCCUCAUGCAGUCUUCGUCUCAGGAUUUACGAAAAUAGCACUGGAUAUGAAAACACAGACGACACCACCCACACAUCUAAUCGCGAUUGGACAUGUGCAGGAUCUUGCCAGUAUUGAGUGGACAGAUGCUGGUGUGACUGUGGGUGCGAGUAUGACCUUCAAUGACUUUGAGAACUUAUGUCGGACUGCAAUUCUGAAACACUCAGAGCACCCCUCUGAGUCAAAGAUGCGCAUGUUUCACGCAUUGUUAGAGACACUACAGCGGUACGGAUCCCAGCAGAUCAGGAAUGUUGCUAGGCUGGGAGGUGCCAUAGCCUUUGCAUCCUCUACAUCCGACAUUGCACCUGUGUUGCACGUUAUAGGCUGCUCUGUCACCGUUUUCUCAACAGAUGGCCACCGUAGAAUACUGCCGAUAGACGAAAGCUUUUACUUAGAGACGGGGAAAUCUAUACUGGAGCACAAUGAACUCAUUCUGUCACUGCACAUUCCGUUCAGCAAGAAGGAUCAAUACAUGCACACGUACAAACAGGCAAGACGUCGAGACUGUGACAUUGCUGCUGUCACAUGUGGCUUCAAAGUAGAGUUCGACGAAGGAGUGAUCAAAAACAUUAUAUUGUGCUAUGGAGGUGUUGCCCCGUCAAUGGUCAUUGCUAAAGAAACUUCGAAGCAUCUUAUAGGAAGACGCUGGGAUGAGGACAUGCUGUCUGUAGCCUGUGAGUGUCUCAAUCAGGAGCUAGUUGUCACCUGGGUUGACAACCAGGUCGGUGCCAUGCUGGAGUACAAGCAGAGACUCAUCACAGGCCUAUUCUUCAUGUUCUACAUGAGAGUUCUCAACGAAGUGCAGACGCCGGUGGUACAAGCACCAAUACAGAGUGCCAGGUCUGCAGGCAAAAUCGAGAGAGGCUUACCAAAAGGCUCUCAAGUAUAUGAGGUGGUGGACAGCAACCAGCCUGCAGAUGAUCCUAUAGGUAGACCCUUGGUUCAUAUGUCAGCACUGGAGCACGCAACGGGAGAAGCGCUAUACUGUGACGACAUUCCUCCUCUGAGAGGGGAACUGUUUGCGGGAUUGGUCACCAGCACUAGGGCGCAUGCGAGGGUCGUGUCCAUCGACACUCAGACCGCUCUUGCUACAUCCGGCGUCGUGUGUUUUGUGGAUCAUCGAGACAUCCCCGGCAAAAAAUAUGUCGGACCGGUCACCGACAAUGAAGCGGUCUUCGCCGUUGAUGAGGUGGAGAGUCACGGGCACAUUAUUGGCUGUGUGGUUGCUGAGAGUAGAGAGACAGCGCGUGAGGCAGCAGCUACUGUCACAGUAGAGUACGAAGACCUGCCUGCCAUUUUCACCAUAGAGGAAGCGAUUGCCAACAACUCCUUCUACGGCGAGAGUAAAAUCAAGACGCAUGGCGACGUCGCUGCCGGCUUCAAAGCAGCGGACGCUGUGCUGGAGGGAACGUUGCGGAUGGGCGGGCAGCAGCAUUUCUACCUGGAACCUCAGUCGUGCAUCUGCGUGCCGGGCGAGAAACAAGAGAUGAACGUGUACAUUUCAACUCAAUCCAAUACGAAUGUACAGAAUUGGAUAGCUGCUACACUGGCAAUUCCAGCUAACAGGAUUGUCUGUCACCAAAAACGAGUCGGAGGUGCAUUUGGAGGGAAGGAAGUUCAGUGUUCGUAUGCUGCCAUCCCUGCUGCUGUAGCUGCUUACAAGACUGGGAAGCCAGUUAGACUGAUACACACCAGGGAGGAAGAUCUGAGCAUAACUGGUGCAAGACUCCCAAUGUUAGCUAACUAUAAGGUGGGGUGCAAUGCUGAUGGAAAGAUAGUUGCCUUACAAUGCAAAAUCUACUUGGAUGCUGGCCGCGCUUUGUCACUAUCAGACUUUGAGUUAUGGGCUGUGUUUCUUGCUACUGAUGGUUGCUUUAGGCUGCCAAAUCUUCACAUUGAGGGAAUCUGCUGCAAGACAAACUUACCAUCAAAUACGGCAUUUAGAGGGUUUGGACAACCUCAAGGCCAAAUGUUGAUCAACUGGAUAUUGAGUGCGAUAGCAGAGAAAUUGGAGCUGCCAUAUUUGCAGGUAAUUCAGAGCAAUCUUCGUCGGCAAGGUGACGUCUCAACGUUUAACUCCCUCAUUGAGAGCGAUGGACUGCAUAUAUGCAUUGAGGAGUGCAGGCAGAUGAGCCACUAUGAGCACCAGUUAGCUGCUGUCAACGAAUUCAACAAGAAAAAUCGUUUCAGAAAGCAAGGAAUUUCAUUACAGCCUUGCAUAUUUGGAUUCCCAAUUUGCUUCAAGUCUCUCAACCAGGCCGGUGCACUGGUGCACGUGUACACGGACGGAUCAGUUCUGCUUGCAUUUGGAGGAUGUGAGAUUGGCCAGGGUCUCUUCACGAAAAUGAUACAGGUGGCUAGCCGAGCACUUCAGGUUUCUGUAGACAAGAUCCACGUCAGUGAGACGAGUAGCGAUAAGGUGCCGAAUUCGACGUCGACUGGAGGAAGUAUGACCAGCGACCACUGUGGCGGCGCAGUUCUCAAUGCUUGUCAGAUCCUCAGAGAGCGAAUAGAUCCGUUCAAGGAACGAGACCCAAGCGGUACGUGGGAGGACUGGGUGAAGGCGGCUUAUCUCGACCGGGUCUCUCUCUCAACGACAGGGUUUUUUCGCCCGGACGGCCUAGAGGGAUACGACUUUGAGACUCACACCGGCAACCCUUACAACUACCACACAUUCGGAGCAGCCUGCUCGCAAGUGGAGAUCGACUGUGUCACAGGAGAUCACGUGGUUCUGAGAACGGACAUUGUAAUGGAUGUUGGAAAAAGUCUGAAUCCAAUGAUAGACAUAGGGCAGAUAGAGGGCGCUUUUGUGCAAGGUUGUGGACUGCUGACACUAGAGGAGCUGCGAUACACAGCAGACGGUUUCCUGUCCACUCGUCACGCUGGCAACUACAAAAUACCAGGCAUCGUCGAUGUACCAGAGGAAUUCAACGUUGCACUACUGCGUAAUUCUGAGAACCCUUGUGCCAUCUAUUCAUCAAAGGGAAUUGGAGAACCACCAUUGCUGUUGGCCUCUACAGUUUUCUUUGCCAUUAAAAAUGCAGUCAGAGCAGCAAGAGAGCAGGACGGACUUUCUGGUAGCUUCCAAUUUGAUAGCCCAGCUACUGUGGAGAAAAUCCUUCUUGCAUGUCCAUCUACACUGCUGCCAUCUACAGCUGGAAAUGGUGCAACAUGAGUUCUCUCAUGUACUAUUUGAGCUUAUAAACUAGCUGGUAUGGCUAGUUGGUAUCAUAACUAUAUUACUAUUGUUAAUGUACACAUUUCACUGAUUUCAACAGCUCCUAUCUACCAAAUACCAUAAUAUAUCUAUUCUCCCAAUCAUGAGCGGUCAGUUAGUGGUACGUGCUUUACUCCUGAAAACAAUUAUUUUACAUUCUGUUUUCC